AUGAUCGGUCACAGAACCUUUCAAGCCAAAUCCCGGCGGAAAUAUUGGAUAUUCUUCUUCCUUGUGUUUCUCGCGUGUUCAUUUGUGAUGUGGAAGAUAGGAAAAUCUCAAAAUUAUGUGCAAAUCAUCCAGAAUAUCACCGAGAGUGAAUUUGUUGCUCCUGAUCGACGUUUCCUGAUCGAUCUCAGAGACUUUGACUAUGUCAUCAACCAAAAGUCCUGCAGACAAUUAAGGACACAACCAAAGUUUAUCGUCCUGAUUCACAGCGCGCCGCGAAAACGGGAAAACAGAGACAACAUCCGACAAAGCUGGGGAGGAUGGAAAGUUGACCAUCGCGUCCUGUUUCUCUUGGGAACAGUUGAAUCGCAGGAUUUGCAAAGGGAAAUCCAGACGGAAAGCGACUUCUUCCAAGACAUUGUUCAGGGCAAUUUUGUGGACACUUACAGAAAUCUUUCCUACAAACACGUCAUGGCAAUGAAAUGGGCCACAGAAUUCUGCCCUGAAACCAAAUUCAUCUUCAAAUCAGAUGAUGAUGUUUUCGUUAAUACAGCUCUUAUUUCCCAAUACAUUCAAAGAAUGAAAAAUCCUAGUAAUUUUAUUACCUGUGAUCUCUAUUGGCCGCAAAAAGUCCUACGAGAAACGAAAUCCAAAUGGUACGUUUCUCCUGAAGAAUAUCCGAAUGCGACUUAUCCUGUCUACUGUCCAGGAUGUGGAGUUCUCUUAACAAGCGACGUGGCUCAGAAGCUCCACAAGGCGGCAGAAACCACACCCUUCUUUUGGGUGGAUGAUGUUUAUGUUCUGGGCAUACUUAGAGAGAAGAUCAAUGCGAGAAUAACAGCAGUGGAUAAACUUCUGCUCAAGUCUAGAAUAACUGAUGAAAUAUUCUAUGAGAAAACAAGGAACAUCACAGAUUGUCUCAAUUAUAUGUACAGUUUAGAAUUACAGAACGAUCAGAUAAAAGAACUCUGGCAAGUUGUGAAGAAAUACCAGGAAAACGGAUACUAUACUGUUAAUGCAACAAAACUGAUUCUGCCAAUAAAGGGAUGCAAUAGCAACUUCUCCCUGAAGGGGAGAAAGCUGAGACGCCUCAACGGACGUUCAGACGCAGGGAGCGCCCUGAUUCAACCCUCCACGACACGGGAAUCCUCCGCUGAUAAACCCCGGUAUUGUAGAAGAACUCUUCACACACUCACUGACCCUUGGUACUCAAUGGCAGCGUGCAGAGAUGUUGUUCUCAAGUGUGUUCUUUGGGAAAAUCAGUCGGAGAGCUCCUCUUCCUGGCGGUGUUACUAA